AGGAGUUUUAAAAUAAUCCUCACUCCUCCAAAGUGAAACGAGUGCACAUCCUCUCCUUGCAAGGAAUACGUGCGAGCGUUCUUGCAACGGUUGAGAUUAGUCGAUGCACAUUCAAUAGUUGAGAUUAAAAAAAAAAAAAAAUUUGAAAUUUCUAUUCAAAUCCCGCCCGUUGCUAGUUAUAUCACUCAGCUAUAUUUCACUCAGCCUCACACGAAGCCAUCCUCCUCCACCGAACCCAUCCUCACCGGCGAGCUGUCCCCUAGACGGCACCGGCGAUGACCAGUCCUACUAUUCGCUGCUUCGUGAACCAUAAUUGUUUCCCAGAUUUAAAAAAUGACUUCUUCUUCUAACAUUAGCAACAUAAGAUUACAAUCGAGGCUGUGCAAUUGUGGAGGAACCGCUGCCAUACGUAUUGUAAAAACCAAUGAGAAUGGAAAUGAAGGGCGCUUGUUCUUUGUUUGCCCAUCAAGAUAUAGUAAGACUCCCACUCCCCAUUGCAAUUACUUCAAGUUCGUGGAUGAAGAUGAUGACGACGUUACGUCCAGAGUCCGUUCGAACUGUACAGCUUGUGAUGGUAUUACAGUAGAAGACUUUAACGAUGUAAGGGCGAGGCUUGAUUACAUGGAAAUGGACUAUGGUCGAAGGCUUCAAAGGAUGGAAAGGAAUAUCAAAGCAAUGGUGUACUUCAUUGUAUUUUCCACCAUUUUGUACCUUAUGAUGUAACUUGUGUUAUGGAAUGAACUAUGGAAUCAACUA